AUGCCAUCUUACAUUGUUUCUGGCACGAUUGCCCAAAAGCUGCGGAUCGGGCAAACAAAAGAUGAACAUAUGAGAGUACACGUAUCUAUGUCUAGUGCAUAUGCAUGCGGCACGAAGACCUUUUUCAUAGGAGCGCUGGCGAACUUCAACGUCCAGUUGACAGGAGGUAAUGAUGCGUGCAAAAUCGUCCUGGCGAUGGGACAUAUCGUGACGGCGCGGAUCCUUCAUGUUGACCCAGCUCACGCUCAUUGGUACGAAAUAGUAGAGGGCAAUGAUUACAUGUUAGCGGAGCGUUGUCCCCGAAAGUGA